AUGCGCCCUUCUCAUUCUGUAGCACAAUGUGUAUUGGUGCUCUGUUUCCUUUUUACAUCAUCAGUUGAACAUGAACCACCAGAAGAAGAUGUAUGUAAUGAACGGUCAUGUUACCCUGCAACUGGUAAUCUUCUAAUUGGACGGAAGAAAAGUCUCACUGCGACAUCAACAUGUGGUUUACAUGGUCGACAACGUUAUUGUAUUGUAUCACACUUAGAAGAACAAACAAAAUGUUUUUAUUGUGACAGUAGAACAGAGUGGAAACCAAAUCGGGAACCAUAUAAAUUGAGCCAUAGGAUUGAAAAUGUAGUUUCGGAGUCAUAUGAAGAUCGUAAUAGGAAUUGGUGGCAAUCGGAAAAUGGUGUACAGAAUGUGUCAAUACGACUCGAUCUCGAAGCUGAAUUUCAUUUUACUCAUUUGAUCAUAACAUUCAAAUCUUUUCGUCCUGCUGCUAUGAUUAUUGAACGUUCAGCUGAUUAUGCAAAAACAUGGACUCCGUAUAGAUAUUUUGCAUACGACUGUCAAAACACUUUCCCAAAUAUUCCUGAAAGACCGCCGAAAAAGCACACGGAUGUCAUUUGCACAAGACGGUAUAGCGAUGUUGCUCCUUCUACAGGAGGCGAAUUGGUUUACAAAGUGAUCUCACCACAUAUUCCGACGGAAAACCCAUAUGCUGAUGAGAUUGCAAAUUUGCUAAAAGUUACGAAUAUCCGAAUCAACUUUACUAAGCUUCAUACACUUGGUGAUGAUUUGUUGGAUUACAGACCGGAAAUAGAUGAGAAAUAUUAUUACGCCAUCUAUGAAUUGGUUGUUCGUGGUUCAUGCUCUUGUUAUGGUCAUGCUCAGCGUUGUAUACCAAUGGAUAAUGCUGCCCGAGUUUCUGUUCCUUAUCGGGCUGAUAUGGUACAUGGACGAUGUGAGUGCACACACAACACGAAGGGAUUAAACUGUGAACAGUGCAUGGAUUUUUUAAUGAUUUACCGUGGCGUCCAGCGAUUGGUGAUGACUCAAAUGAAUGCAAACGAUGUGAAUGCAACGGUCAUGCAGCAAGGCUUCGUAUCAGGGGGAGUGUGUGAUGAAUGCUUACAUAAUACUCAAGGCAAGAAUUGCGAACAAUGCAAGCCCUACUUCUAUCGGAAUCCAGAUCGACCAAUUACUGAUCCAUAUGUUUGUUUACCGUGCAAAUGUGACAAGACUGGUUCGUUGAAUGAUGGAAUCUGUGAAGGUGAAGAAGAUCCGGAACGAGGUCUUGUUGCUGGCAAAUGCUACUGCAAAUCGAAUGUCGAAGGACCAUGGUGCGACCAUUGUAAAAAUGGAUUUUGGAAAUUGACCGCUGACGAUCCAAAUGGUUGUCGUCCAUGUAGUUGCAAUUUACUAGGCUCAUUCAACAAUGAGGGUUGUAAUAAGCAAACUGGUGAAUGUCUUUGCAAACAGCUUGUCACUGGUGAUGCCUGUGACAAAUGCUUACCAGAACAUUAUGGACUGAGUGAUGAUCCUUACGGUUGCAAAGCUUGUGAUUGUGAUCUGGGUGGAUCAGUUGAUAAUCACUGUGAUGUUAUUACCGGACAGUGCACAUGUAGAAGAAACUUCAGUGGUCGACGUUGUGACACUGCCGAAAGUGCUUAUUACUGCCCAUCUAUUAAUCAUUAUACACUGGAAGCAGAGGAAGCAGAAAUCACUGAUGGACAAAUCGAAUUCAGAGAACUUCCAGUACUCGUAAGGGAUCACACAUGGACAGGUGAUGGCUUUGUUAGAGCCAGUGAACAUACUCAGUUGGUAUUUAAAAUCGACAACCUUGCUCAGAGCAUGCACUACAAUAUCAUUAUUAAAUACGAACCAAUGCAGGAUGGUGUUGGGUGGGAAAAUAUACAGCUAACAGUUGUACGGCCUACAGAUCCAUCAUCCGAUGGAGUCUGUAAGAAUCUUUCACCCUCGGAUGAUUUCUUAACUGCAAAACUUCAUCCUAGCUUACAUUAUGUUGAGGUUAUGCCGGAUGUUUGUCUAGAAGCUGGCGUUCCGUACGAAAUUCUUGUACAAAUGGGAGAAAAGAGAACCAAAAUAAGCGACAGAACAGCUACUGUCCUUAUUGAUUCAAUAGUCCUUGUCCCGCCAACUGAAGAACUGUUCAUUUCACAAGGAAUUUCUGCUGACAAUCAUCAUAGAGUGGAGUACGACCGCUCUCAGUGCAGGGCACAACAGUUAUCCUUAACGCCGAUGUCAGAUUUGCCUGACGUGUGCGUUCGCUAUAUUUGUCCGGUUGCAGCAAUGUUAUUCAAUCGUAGUUUGGAAUGCGAAUGUGAUCCUACAGGUUCACUUUCCGGAAUAUGCUCCGGUAAGGGUGGACAGUGCGACUGCAAACCAAAUGUUGUUGGAAGAAGAUGCGAUCGGUGUGCAGUUGGAACAUAUGGUUUUGGUCCUUCCGGUUGUACGCCAUGUGAAUGUGAUAGUGUCGGCUCAUUAAAUAACAACUGUAAUCGGCAGAGUGGUCAAUGUAGUUGCAGGGAACGUGGAAUUACGGGAAGGCAAUGUAAUCAGUGUCAGCCAGGAUUUUGGUCCUUUCCAGAUUGCCGUGUUUGUCAGUGCAAUGAUCAUGCUUCUAUAUGUGAUCAGAAAACGGGAGCUUGCAUUGAUUGUCUUGAUCUUACUGAUGGUUAUUAUUGCGACCGUUGCAAGGAUGGUUAUUAUGGUGACCCUCGACUUGGUAUCAAUUUGCCUUGCAAGCCAUGUCCCUGUCCUGGUGGUUUGGAUAGCGGUUUCCAACAUGCAGAUACAUGUUAUCUUCGUCCUAGCGAACAUUCUGAAGCUCCGGAUGUAGUGUGUAACUGCAGGACAGGAUAUACUGGUGAGCGAUGUUCUUCGUGUGCGAUAAAUCACUGGGGAAAUCCGAACGAAUUAGGUGGAACUUGUGAACCAUGUGAUUGCAAUGGUAAUAUUGAUGUAAAUGUGGAAGGAAGCUGUGAUCCAGUAACUGGCGAUUGCAUUAAAUGUCUUCACAACACGGAAGGUGUACAGUGCGAAGAUUGUAUCGAAGGUUAUCAUGGUGAUGCGAAGAUACGAAGCUGUCAAAAGUGUGUUUGUAACGAUUUGGGAACAAACAAAACAGCUGGUGCGUGUGAUCGUGUUACCGGCCAAUGCUCCUGUUUACCGAAUGUUGUAGGAAUAGCGUGUGACUUAUGUGCACCGCAUCAUUUUGAUUUGGCUAGUGGAAAAGGCUGUGAACCGUGUGAAUGUGAUCCUACAGGUGUUAUUCUUAGUGAUGACGAUAUGCCUCAUUUACAAUGUAAUGAACUGGAUGGGCGGUGUUAUUGCAAGAUAGGAAGAGGAGGGCGCACGUGUUCGGAUUGUGAGGAUUAUCACUGGGGUGAUCCAACAACUGGUGAAUGUCGUAAAUGUGAAUGUGACGAAAUUGGCUCUGCCACUCAGCAGUGCGAUCGUAAUAAUGGUUCAUGCGUUUGUUUACCUGGCUCAGGAGGACCAUUAUGUAACAUGUGUGCUCGAGGAUAUACCGGCCAAUGGCCACAAUGUGAGGCUUGUGGUGAAUGUUUCCAAAACUGGGAUGAAAUUAUUCAGAAUUUGAGGAAGCAAGUUGAAGUUUUGAUCGAAACAGCUAAAAGCGUUGAGGAUACAGGCGUUGCCUCUGUUUAUGAUGAUGAAUUCGAAAAGAUGGAAAACACUCUAUCCGAUUUGAAGACGCAGCUAGAAUCAGCAAAUAUAACAUGGAGUGACAUCAUUGGAUUGCAAAAUGAAAUCGAGAAACUUCGACAAGAUAUCAAUUUGAAAAAAGAAUCGUUGAAUGCUGUUGGAGGACGUAUAACUGAGAUUUCAAGUAAUGUCGAUGGGGCUGAUUUAGAAUUAAAAUCAUUAAUCGAAGAAGCUGACAGACUCACGAAAAAAUCACAGGAGUUUCAGGAAAAUGCAACAUUAUUACGAGUUGCUGACGUACAGGGAGCAUAUAAUAUUACUCGGGAAUCAGCCGAAAAAUCAUCUGCUGCAAAGCUGCGCACCGAUCAGGCAGAUUCAAAAAUUACCAGCGCUGAAAGCAGUAGGCAAGAAGCGAUACAGCUGUUAGAUAAAAAUCAACUUGAUUUCGAGAAGCAGUUCAGUGAAAAUGAAAUGGCUUUGGUGCGAAUUGAUAAGCAGCUGGCUACUUUCGAAACUGUAUUACCGAUAUUGAAUAGAGACGUUUGCGGUGCAGAAUCAGCUCCUUGUGAUCAGCUAUGUGGUGGACCAGGAGCUUGUGGCCAUUGUGGUGGGCGAUCAUGUCUUUCCGGCUCUGUAAGCAAAGCCGAAAUGGCGAAGAAAUUCGCUGAUGAGGCGGACCAAAAAUUGAACGAAAAGCAGGAAGAAGCAGAAGAGGUUCUUGCUCGUAUACGAGAAAUAUUGCAGCAAACUUUCAUUACAAAAAACAAAGCUAAAGAUGGCCACGAUAUUGCUGAAGCAGCAGCUAGACAGGCAAAUCAAACUCGUACUUCUCUGGAAGACAUUUUUGAUCAAAUGAAGGAAUUUAUCGAUAGUAGUCAACGUUCCAGUCCAGAACAAAUCCGAGCAUUAGCUGAAGAGAUAACAGUGGCAAAAAUAUCUCUUACACCUGAGCAAAUCGAGGAUUUGGCAAAUCAGGUUCGCGAGAGACUGCUUAAUAUCAAUAACAUUGAUGCUAUUUUGAAUGAAACACGAGGGAAUAAGACAAUCGCUGAAGCUUUACAGAAAUCUGCAGAAUUGGCAAGUAUGCGUGCCGCUGAAAUCAGAAAUACUACAACAGUGGUACGCGAAGCUUUACAAAGAGCUGGUACUGCACAGGAAGUGGCUAAAGAUGCAAUAAAGAAUGCAACGGAGCAAAUUACGGAAGCUCGGGAUGACUUGAAUAGUGCAACCAGUCAGUUACAACUUGCUGAGAUAUCGGCUGCAAAAACAAAUGAAUCAUUAAUAAAAUUGGAGGGCGAUAUGAAAGACAUUAAUGUGCAGUAUUUAUCGAUAUCCGAAGAUACGAAGUAUGCAUACGAAGCUGCUGAUAAAGCUAUACGUCAGGCAGAAUUUGCUGAAGUAGCCAACGAGCAACUCGAAAUUUCGUUUGAAAAAGCUAAAGAGCUUCUGUCAUCGCAAAAUACUGGUAAUGAAUUACCUCAAGCGAGAGCUGAAGAAUUGCGUAAACGGGCAACACAACUUUUGCAUAAGACACAACGACAUCGUAGCGAUAUUUCACAGCUUUCCGCUAACAUGGAUGCAUUUGACGUACGCUUAGCAGAUUACAAUCGUGAAUUGAGUGAGCUUCAUUCAAGGAUCGAUACAGUUACUGCUCAGGUACAUAAGCAAAUCGAGUAUUACUCAACAUGCGACAUUUAGAUGCACCGAGUUAUAACCAUAUUUAUCUCUUAUCGUUUUGUUUGUUUCGGUCCUCAUAUUGGAAAACAGUGGCGACUUAUCAAUUUUUAACCCAUAGAAGUGAUAAAAUCAAAAAAGAAAAAUCCCAAAGCUUUUAG